AUGUUCAACACAAUAAUAUUUGCUCUACUGAGUAGCUGUUAUACUCUAUUAAUACAAGCAGAAGGCAAUGAUACAUACGAUGGACCUGAACCUGAACUCGAGGGCCCAAAUAUAUGUAAAAAGAUCGGGAGUUAUAACGUUGAAGUUAUUACCACCGAAAUGCAAAACUACCAGGUGCGCACGCCUUCAUGGUGUCUAUCGGUGCCGCCGCGCUGUGCCGCUUACAGUUUCAAAGAGCGAAUCGUUAAUAAGACGCAAUCCAUAACUAAAUCGCGCAUUGUUAAGGAGUGCUGCAAAGGGUACAAACGUGCAGGCAGUCUUUGCCAACCCGAUUGUAUGCCCAAGUGUCAACAUGGAGCAUGCGUGGCGCCUAAUAAAUGCGUAUGCGAUCAACACUAUGUAGGACCUGUCUGUGACAUAAUUUGCAAAUGUAAAAAUAAUUCUUCCUGUGAUCCCCAGACGGGUCGUUGCAUCUGUUUACCUGGAUGGACCGGUGAGGACUGCUCUCAACCUUGUGAGGAGGGCACUUAUGGUAUGGGCUGUAAAGACAAAUGCCCGAAUGUCGUCCACAGCAACAAAAGCUGUCAUCACAUUACUGGUGAAAUUGUUUGCCGUGAUGGUUAUAUCGGUUUGGCUUGUGAACAUCCUUGUCCAGCUGGUUAUUACGGGUACGCUUGCACUAAGGCGUGUAGUUGUGCAAAUGGCGUUGGGUGCAAUCACAUAACUGGUACUUGUCGAUGCACGCCAGGCUGGACUGGUUUAAGUUGCAAUGUAUCAUGCGAGGACGGCUAUUUCGGUACGCACUGUGCGCAGAAAUGCCGUUGUCUAAAUGAAGCGAAAUGUCGUAGAAAUGAUGGACGAUGCAUUUGUCAGGAUGGUUGGAUGGGCCAACGUUGUGAAGAAUUAUGCCCUGAUGGAUUUUAUGGACCACACUGUAUGCUACUUUGCUCAUGUCCGUCGCCCAAUUUUGCUUGUGAUGCCAUCCAAGGAUGUAAAUGCCGUGACGAUUUCACUGGAGAAAAUUGUGAUGUUCCUACUGUCGGACAACAUAUACAAGGAGCUAAUUUGCACUAUGCCCACGCACGUAUAGCUUGGGGAUCAGCCUUAGCCAUAUUAUUUGCAGUCAUUAUUAUAGUAGUGGUUUGCUAUUAUCAGAAUCAAGUGUCUAAUUUAAAAACAGAAAUUGCUUAUGUGCAGUACACAGGUGAUCCCACUUGCCCGGAUCAUCGCAAUUUCAAUAAUCCCGCAUAUGGUUUGGCAAACAUACAUGGACGUUGUUUGCUCAAUAACGUAAAACCAAAAAUCAAUAACGUCAGUCGUGGUAGAACUGAAUUCUAUAUUGAAGACUCAUAUGCCAGCAGCAAAGACGAAGCUGCCUCCUAUCCAAUUAAUUAUAAUGAUGUUAUGUUAGCUAAAAAUUUAAACUUUGAUUUAACAAACCUUAAUCUCUACAAGUCACUGAACUUCUCAAAGGAGGAACAUGAACCCAGAAAGAUCUUUAAGGAACCCAUCAACAAUUAUAAAAAGAUUGUGUUUCCCGAUAAUAAGGAAUCAAAUGCAAUCAAUCAUAUACGUAUUCAUAAUCAACAGUAUGAAUGUGAUCACUUGGAUAAUUCUCGACCUAGCACUUCUGAAAGAGCCCAUUAUCACUGUAAGACUGAUUCGAUGAUUACUAUUAAUCGAGACGAAGAGAAGUUGAGUAAUUUAAACAUGAUGAAUCUUUUAUUAAGAAAAUGUGAAGCGGGCCCAAGCAACGACAUCGUUGUUGAUGUCGAUGAAAACGACAAUAAUAAUGCCGGUGCGGCUUGUUGUCACGACUGA